AUGGAUACGAUAAAUGAGGAUAAUAAACUAUCCAGAGAUUCUAACAAAAAGAAAAAUAUAGAGCAGGAUCAGGAAAGGAUUGGUAGUGAAAACUUAAGUAGGAAUGUUUUUUUAUCAAGAGUUUUUGGUUUAAAGACAGAAGAUAUGUCAUCUUCUAUUAGAGAAGGUGAAAUGAGUUCAUUUCCCAUAGGUUCUAACAGCAAAGAUGGAUUGUCUUUGACUACAACUGAUAUAAAUGAUAAUGAAAGGCGAAUCCCGGAAUCGGAUCCUGGUACAACUACGACAGGAGAUGAGGAAGAUGAAUAUGAAGAUCAUAUGAAUAUAAAUGUAAAUAAUAAUAUUAAUGGUAUGCUAAAGGGAAAUCCACCAGGUAACAGUGUUUCAGCUUGGGGAGGUAACAAUAAUUUCACAAAUUCAAACUCGAAUGUUAACAGAUAUGAAUUUAUGUAUAAACGAGGUCAAGCCUCUAGUGAUGAAAGUGAUAAUUUAAAUAGCAGUGAGGCUAAUAUUACAGAUGAUAAUAUUCAUCUUGCUAAAGAUAAUAAAAAUAAAAAUAAUUCAUAUAUCCCAACUGAUAGAACAUAUACAAAACAUCCUGAUGGAAGCGGACGAAAAGCAUCCAAUGCAUCGGCUGCAAUGAGAGCUAAGGAAGUAUCUUUAUCGCAUAAUCAGAGCUUGAAUCAAAAUAAUAUGGUCAUAGAGUCUGAAGAUGAUGCUUCAGAUUAUUAUGGAGAUGAAGAAGAGUUCCUGUUUGCCAAAGCUCCUAAACGAACUAAUAAAGAACAUAAAAAUAGUCAAUCGUCAGUAUUGUUUAAAAACUUAUUACCUAACAUGAAGUCAAUGAACAAUUCUAAAAAAAAAACAAAUUUAUUUACAGCAUCAAAUAAAACUGAAAAUCAAAUGCAUGAGAGUCGUCUAAAUGACAAAAGAGGGACAAAGCUUAAUUCACUAUGGGGCGAGGAUUUAGCAACAAAAUUUCCGAUCAGAAGACCAAAUUUUGGUAAAAAUAUAAAGAUACUGAAUAAUACUCCACAACAUAAAAUUAAUACACUAAGUCCGAAGGAAAUUUCAUUAUGGAAAUGGGCAAAUGUUCAGAAUUUAGAUAUGUUUCUUCAAGAUAUAUAUAAAUACUAUUUGGACAAUGGGUAUUAUUGUAUUGCAAUAAAAAAACUUUUAAAUUUACUUACUUUAAUAUUUGUGGUUUAUAUCUCAACCUUUAUGACAUUUUGUAUAAAUUACCCAAAAUUUCAUGAAAGUACAACAUUUUCGGGAGUAAUUAUAGAACAAUGUUAUUCUAAGAAUAUUACAGGUUUUCCUAAACUUCUGCUGUGGAUAUUUUAUGUGUUUGUCAUUUUAAAAUUAAUCCAAUUUUAUUUUGAUAUCCAGAAUUUAUCAGAUAUACAUAAUUUCUACACAUAUUUAUUAGAUAUACCCGAUAAGGAACUACAAACAAUCCCAUGGAAGAAUAUCAUUCAACAAAUUAUGUAUUUAAAAGAUCAGAAUGCAUUGACAGCAAAUGUCGUUGAAGUUAAGGCUAAAAAUAAAUUAGAUCCUCUAAUUGUAGCAAAUAGAAUAAUGAGAAAGGAUAAUUUUUUAAUUGCCCUAUACAACCAAAAUAUACUUGAUUUGUCAUUGCCUAUUCCUAUGUUUAGAACUAAUAUUUUAACCAAAACUCUAGAGUGGAAUAUUAAUCUAUGUGUUAUAGGAUUUGCAUUUAAUGAAGAAGGUUUUCUGAAACAACAAUUUUUGAAAUCUUCUCAACAGGCAUACCUGACUGAGGAAUUGAAGAAGAGGUUUAUGCUUGCUGGUGUAUUGAAUAUUAUUUUAUCACCGUUUCUAGUAACUUAUUUCUUGUUACUAUAUUUUUUCAAAUAUUUUAAUGAACUUAAAAAUUCACCAGCAAGGUUGGGAGUAAGACAGUACACUCCCAUAGCAGAAUGGAAAUUUAGGGAAUUUAAUGAAUUAUAUCAUGUUUUCGAAAAGCGUUUGGGAUUAAGUACCAAACUUGCAGACAAGUACAUUAAUCAGUUCCCAAAAGAGACAUUGGACAUAAUCUUCAAUUUUGUGUCAUUUGUAUCUGGUACAUUUGUUACAAUCUUAGUUUGCUUAACUCUCUUUGAUUCAGAACAUUUUCUAAAUGUUGAAAUUACUAAAGAUAGAACGGCAAUCUUUUACAUAACUAUUUUUGGUGCUAUAUGGACAAUAUGUAAAAAUUCGAUAUCUGAGGAAUACAAUGUAUUUGACCCAGAGGAAACGAUUAAAGAAUUAUCUUUAUACACACACUAUUUGCCAGAAGAAUGGGAAGGUAAAUAUCAUACUGAAGGAGUCAAGAAUGAAUUUUGUAAACUAUAUAAUCUCAGGAUUAUUAUAUUGUUGAGAGAAUUAACAAGUUUGAUAUUAACUCCCUUUGUAUUGUGGUUUUCUUUACCUAAAUGUUCCCAAAAAAUUAUAGAAUUCAUAUCCAGCUCAGCAAUUUAUAUUGAUGGAUUGGGCUAUGUCUGCAAAUAUGCAUCAUUUGACAUUAAACAAUUUGAAAAUCAAGCCAAUGAAAGUCAACAAGAUACAAAUAAUAUUAAUACAAAUUCAAGACAUGUGAGAGAUACUGCAAUCAAUAAAAAUUCAGUUCCAAUUUUUGAUAACUUAGAAGAAGCAAUAAUGGAUAGCGACAGCGAUAACGAUGAAGUUAAUGGUAUCAAUAAAAUGAUGCAAUCUUAUAUGUACUUUUUGAAUGACUAUGAAAAUUCAGAAAACUUAUUAGGAAAACAUCAGAUUUCGCAUAGAGUUUUUGAUGAGACAAAAAACGAAGACAGGGUGCAGUACAAUACAAAUUAUUCUUGGAAGAAACAAUUUUCCCCAGGACAAAGACCAGAAUUGUUUAGAAUUGGUAAGCAUGCGGUAAGAAAUCCUACAAGCUUUUCAGGACCCAAUCGAAAUAACAAUAAUGUAAGGAGAAAAUCUAGUUUUUCGAAAAGAGUACCACUCACUGAAUCCUUUAUUAAUUCUGAAGUCCUUACAAAUCCUAAUCUUGCACAGUCUUAUAUGUUAAACUCUGAAGCAGAUGAAAAUAUGAAAAAUGAAGGAAUUCUAAAAAUGGUCAAAGACUACUAUAAAACAACUAAUAUAAAUAGUUGA